UCUAUUCCCGGUUACACUUUCUGCGACUACAGUGAGCAGUCCGGUAUUAUAUGUCGAUGGUUACACUAUUCUGCCUCGCGCAGAAUUUGUAGUUUAAGGUGGUCGGGGCCUUCGCGAAGAUGGCUGCUUUAAUACCAAAAAAUACUUUUGCUGUCGCAAAGAGACAAUCAAUAUGUGCUACUGGAGUAGCUGUGCAGGUUUGUUACUACUCGGAUACACCCAGGAUCAUAAAGAACCCAACUACUGCAAGCUUGAAAAGAGGUACUGGUGGCCGUAGCAGUUAUAAUGGAAUUACAUGUACUAUAUUCGGCAAUACCGGCUUUCUGGGCAGAUAUGUUAUCAAUCGACUGGGAAAGAUUGGAACUCAGUUGAUAUUGCCAACUCGUGGCGAUAUGUAUGAUUCCAUGCCUUACAAGGUAGCUGGUGAUCUUGGGCAGAUUCUUUUCCAUCCCUUCGAUCUGCGUGACGAAGAGUCAAUUCGUCGUUGUGUUAAAUAUAGUAAUGUAGUGAUCAAUCUAAUAGGACGUGACUGGGAAACCAAAAACUUCACUUUCAAUGAUGUCCACAUCGAGGGUGCCAGGACUCUUGCUCGGAUUGCAAAAGAGAGUGGCGUUGAGCGCUUUAUACAUGUAUCUUCAGCAGGUGCCAAUCCUAAUCCAACGCCAAUGCUGCUCAAGAAUGGUUCCCAAUUCAUGAAAACCAAAUGGUAUGGAGAGCAGGCUGUCAAAGAAGAGUUUCCUGAGGCUACUAUUGUAAGACCUGGAACAAUUUUUGGUCAAGAAGACAGAUUCUUUAAGUGUUUUGGUCAUUCAUGGAGGACACUAUUUCAGAGUAUUCCUAUCUGGAAAAAGGGGGAAGCUACCGAAAAGCAACCACUCUGGGCUGGCGACGUUGCUGCUGGUAUCACUGCACUCGUCAACGAUCCCAAUACUAUUGGCAAGACCUAUCAAUUUUUAGGACCUAAACGUUACAAGCUUUCUGAAAUUGUUGACUAUUUAUUCCGCAUCAUGAGAAAAACUCCGGAUUUAGGAUUCGCCCGUACAGAUGUCGAAACCUCGUAUUUCUUCCAGUUAAAGGUUACCAUUAACGAGAAAAUCAGCCCAGCAUGGCCAAUGGCUUAUUUACAUUGGGAAGGUCUAGAGAAAGAAGCAACGAGUGACAAAUACGUGAAAGGUAUGCCUGGCCUAGAGGACUUGGGUGUGAAUCCAAUCGAAAUGGAAACCCAAGCAGACUGGGAAAUGUUUCUCCACAAAAGUAACCGUCAUUACAAAGAGAGUCUUGGAGAAUUCGACAAACCAGCUCUGCCAAAAACAAUUCCCAUCUUUUAAGAAUGGUGAAAUUAGUGUACAGUAAUGAGAAAAUACACGGUUAUCAGUAGCAGAAACGAGAAGUUAGUGAUUACGAGUACCUUCCUGACCUUGAAGGAAACGACGGUUACAGCGUAAGAUCAUAGUGAACAAGAAUAUGUCAAGCAAUCACCGCUAUUGAAAUAUUGUAAUAAACUCCACAAGAAACAAACACUCAAUAAACUUGUAAAAUAUUCAUUGUUAAUGAAAGCUUUUCACGGAAGUU